AUGGGGAGAUUGUUCUUGGUGAAUUUGGAAGGGAAGUCUUACAGUUGUAGACACUGUAAGACCAAUCUCGCCCUUUGCGAUGAUGUCGUCUCUAAGUCUUUUCAGUCGCGGCAUGGGAAAGCUUACCUCUUCAGUAAGGUAGCGAAUGUGUAUGCUGGGGGGAAGGAAGAUAGGAUGAUGAUGACAGGAAUGCACACCGUGGUCGAUAUUUAUUGUGUCAAAUGCGGCUCUUAUGUUGGAUGGAGAUAUGAGUUUGCUUUUGAGAAGAAUCAAAAGUACAAGGAAGGCAAAUCGGUUCUCGAAAGGUACAAGGUUUGGGGUCCAGAUGGGAACACUUAUUGGGUGGCUCAAGAAGUUGAAGCCGGAGAAAGUGAUACUGAUGAAUGA